AGGAUCGAGGAUUGACUCGAAAAUCCGCCGGACAUCGACGAUUGGGUUCUGACUCCUAUUACAUCUGCCAUCAACCAAGAAUUAGCCUCCGUAGACCGGUCUCCACCCGCCAGUGAGUGUGUUUCGCGCUUCAAAGAAAAUCGAACGUUCGCGGAGCCUGUUCUCUCGAGUGUCUCUGUUCCGUCGUGAAAUCCGCUACCAUGCUCAUCUGCAAGGUCACAACCCUCGGCUCGGCGCCGAUCCAGAGAUUGCUUUGCACGAUGGCCAGAUCCAUAUCGUUGGAUAGAUUCAAGGGUUGCUUGGUAGGUGGAGUAGCGGGCGACUGUCUCGGCGCUCCUUUCGAAGGAGAUCAGACUGUUUCAUCUACUGUGCUGAACUCUUAUCUCGAACACAUGGACGAGGCUGCUCAGAAACGAAACCAGCCGUAUAAACCCUACACGGACGACACCGCGAUGACUUUCGCCUUGUGCAAGUCGCUCUUGAAGAACGAGGGCCUGAAUUUGAUCGAUCUCGCGGGACAAUACGCGCACGAAUUCCUCAGUGACCCAAGACGUGGGUACGGCAGCGGAGCCCAACACGUCCUCGCCGCGAUAGCCACAGAGAAGCUUUACGAGUCAACGGACGAAUCGGCCGUUCUGGAGCCGGCUCGACAGCAGUUCGGCGGUCAGGGAUCCUACGGUAACGGAGCCGCUAUGAGAGUCAGUCCAGUGGCUUUGCUCCAUGCGAAAGAUCCUAUCGAGCUGAUGAUCACAACAGCUCAUCGCCAGAGUUUGAUAACGCAUUCGAAUGGCUUAGCCGUCCUCGGUGCGGUGAUUCAGGCGGCUGCGGUCCGGAUAGCUCUGCAAACCGAGGAGGGUAAGGAAAUCGAUCCGAAAAGAUUCGUCAAUGAACUCAGGAACGUCAUCAUCAAAGUCGAUCAUGUCGACGCUUCGCACAGAGAGAUUUAUUUGGAGAAGUUGAACCUCGUGCUGAGAUUCCUCGGCAAAACAGCUAUUGACGAAGAAGAAUUCUGCGAGCAACUGGGCAACGACAUCUCCGCACCUGGAUCAGUCCCCACAGCUGUCUACGCUUUCCUGAAAGCUUUGAAACCGUCGCAAGACUUUGAGGUGGGUUCCGGCAUCCUCCGGACGAUACUGACGGCAAUCGAGUUCGGUGGCGACACGGAUACCAUAGCUUCUAUGGCCGCAUCCAUAGCCGGGGCGUACUACGGACGUGCGGACAUCGGUGAGGACGUUUUGAAGCACUGCGAGGGAGUUCAGCUCGCGGAGCAGUACGCCGAAGGUUUCUUUGCUAGACUAACUCAACAGUGAGGCGGUCUCUCCAGAAGCUGAAGUGUUCACUACGCCCCCAGAGCGGCGGAAUGCACAUGUUAAAUACAAUAAUGUGUAUAGAGAUUGCUCGUUCUUGUAGAAUAAAAUAUCCUA